AAGAAAAAAAGGAGGCAGGACACUCCUGUCCCCUCCACCUCCUCCACUUCCACGCCCGUCUCAGGGACUAUAAAGAUCACAUCUACAGUGUAUAUUUUCAGCUGUUUCACGGCCCUCCUCACAGCUACAGCCCGUCUCCUGAAGAACAUUCAAGCCUGAUCAUGAGCAAGAACUACCUAUCCAAAAAUGAUGAGCUCCGCAAGGGAGACUACCUGCUUUCCAACAACAGGGAGUGGAAAGCCAUCUUCCAGGAUGAUGGUAACUUUGUCAUCUAUGGCUGGAAGCCGACGUGGGCUUCAAACACGAAUGGAGCAGACGUGGUUCGCCUGUGCAUGCAGAGUGACUGCAACCUGGUUAUGUACAAUGCAAAAGGUGAACCCAAAUGGGCCUCAAACUCUUACAGGCCUGGAGAAACCAACAUGUGCCGUCUUCAUCUAACUAAUGACGGCAAAUUGGUGGUGAGCAGAGAAGCCGAGCAAAUUUGGACAUCCAAAUGAGGCUACAUAUGAUGUCAUCAAAUCAAAGCUUCUGUAACAGAGUGGUGCACGAGCACCUGCUCCAUUUGUCAACUGAACUCAAAUAAAAUCAAUAUA